AUGAGUUCCGAUUCGGUUUCUUAUCUUGAUCAUGGUGGCCAACUCCGCUUACAAGCAUUAAAUGAUGAUGUUAUUGAAUCAGAACUAAACAAAAUGUUACCUGCUGUUUCAAAUAAUGCUCUCGAUUAUCAUUUAACUCAUGAUGAUGCUCAUUGGCCAAAAAUUAUUGGAAAUAAAGAUUUUUCUUUUCCUUUAACUCCAGCUAUUCCACCGCAAUUAUGUUUAUUAAUUAAAAACGUUGAUUUACGUAUUGAUUUUGAUGACAUAUCACCCCAGAGUGGUUUCGAAGAAAAUAUUUACGGUGAAAAAAAAUUGCAUAUUCGUCACGAGGGAUCAUUCGGCAGACUUGAUACACUUAGAGCGGAGCUUUUUGAUGAAAUCGAACCCGGAGUAGAUAUAUAA